AUGGCUCUGGAAAUAGCCGCAGACGGAGGAUUAACCCGUCCGAAGUUUCUGGAUCGGCUUCUCCGAUUCCGGAAAAUCACUUUGAUUCUCGCCUUCGCCGUCGCUUUCUUUUAUUCGCAAUGGUGCUUUCAUCCAAUCAAUAUGGAGGUCACCAGGUUGGAAUUGAGUGUCACAAUCAGUAUCCAAUUGGCAAUUCAGAAUAUCAGAGCAUUCGUUGAUGCCCGGAUUGGUGACGCCGAGAUUCGACAAAAGCGGAGUCGCCGUUCAAAUCUAUAGGAAACUGAAUGAACUGCACAAGUAGGGCUGCUCGAAUUAUGUAGAAUUUCAUUGGAAAUACUAGUUCAGAACGAAAUCACAACAACAGUUCAUUUUGGAGACGUUCGCCGAGUUCGGAUUACAAUGUUUCACUCAGAAAUGGCGAUCGGCAGUGGCCGCAAACCCGAUGAACGGGGAGAAUGUGUACGGAUUCGUCCGAGGGCACAGAAACGACGGAGCAGAAGCGCAGCUGAUUGUGGUUCAGUUGGGGCGAACGGAAAUGGCACGGAGAAUGAUCGCCCGGAUGCUCGCUUUCGUUGACUUUGCCAAGGAACAGGUCUACUGGGCAAGGGACUUCGUGAUCGUUUUCGUGGACGGAGGAGACGGAGAAGGAGCCACGGAGCAGGCGGCACUCGCUCUCGACGCCUUCUUGCUCAAGUAUCAGAAGAUCGAAUCGAUCAGUUCGGAGCAGUCCAGUAGAAGAUCGAUCGAAGCGGAAGAGAUUCAGACGCAGACGGGAGCGCUCAUUGCUGGCGUUGUCUACGAUCUCUCUGGAAUGACUUUCAAAAAUACGCACAUUGUGAAUCUGGAGACGAACGGUCUGAACGGACAGCAAGUGAACUUGGACGUCUUCAACGGAAUCGUCAAGAUCGCCGACUCGAAACAUUCCUCGCGAGUCGCCAUCUACGGAACAAUUCAUAGGCACAAUGUAAUCAUCUCGAUCUUUCAUCCCCCACUAAUAACUUUUUUCAGUCUCCGUACAUGGAUAUCUCUCCGUUUACCAUUCCAAUGAAGGCCAUUUAUACGCAAGCUUUCACGUCCAUCGAAGGAAUUCACAGCAUCAUGGGCAAGUACGGAGUUCAGGUAUUUAACAAUAGAAAAUCGGUUCUGAUAUUAGUAAAAGCAAUUUUGAACUAGUGAUUAACUACCCCUGCAUGUCGCAUUACACAAAAAGUACUGGCGGAAAAGAGUUGAGUAAUGCGGUUUCGGACAGACGUCGUGUAGGAUUAGGUGCGCACGAAUCUUAUACGGAAAAGUGCUCUACGCAGUCGUAAAACGGAGGGCGCCGUCCGUUGCGCUCCCGCUCCCUCUCGCUGUUUUCAUUAUCCAUUCUUUCGGUACAUGAUACUCCCCGUGUACUAUUUCUGCCGCAACCAACUCAUAAUGAUGGGGGAAGGGAAACCAAUCGAGCAUCUGGAGCUCUCUGUUUGCUCAGCUCCUUUCUCUUCUUUCUUCGUCAUUUCCAUGUAUUCUUUCAGGGUAUCACCGUCGGAUUGAGCUUCGAUUUCACUGAAAGACAGGCCGGACAGUUCAUCGAGGAGGUCUCGCGUAUGCUCAACAAUGUGCUAGAAAGACUUCAUCAGAGUUAUUUCAUGUAAGCUUGAUGCUUUAGACUCCUCUAGUUUUGGCCUACUUUCGCGCACAACAGUAAUCCCUCUUGUUGACAUGUUUAACGAAACAACAACAGCAAAAUCAUUUUAAUUCUUGGUUUUCUUUACUUAGCAAUUUCAGGUACGUGCUCUCCGACGACAUGCACUUCGCUUCGGUCGCAUUCUACAUGCCAGUCAUCGGCAUUCUGCUCGCUCCUCUCGUCGUUUCCGCCUACUUCGAAUGGACAAAGCUCGAGUUGUUCCAAAUGCCGUUUCUCUACCUAAUCUUUCAUUGUCUCGGCUUCCUGAUCUACGCUUCCACCACGUGGAUUUACGCCAACCUAGGCACCGACUUUGCGCUUCAAUGGACCAAUUUCCCCUUCUUUGGGACCGAAGGAUGCGCCGGACAGAUGACUCCUCUGCUUCCGCUCAUUCCUACGUUCAUAUUGGUUCUCUCCGCACCCAUAGGAUUGAUCCUCUUCUGGAAGUAAGAAGCAAUUCGGAGAGGGACAAGCAUCCUUCUCAUUUCAGAACGCCAGUGCAAAGUGUUCGAAGCGUGCGUAUUCUGUGUCUUCUGGAGACAUCGCUCAUCGUCGGCUGCCUCUCCCUCAUCAAUUUCGGACUCGCAUUCUUCACGUCCGCCGUCGUCGUUCCAAUUGUCUUUUUGAUGACGUUUGAGUCACGCCAGAGGUGAGCCGGGAAGUGCGGGUUGUUCUGCGAUGACUUGGAUACAUUCGUAUUAUACUCGUCGAAUUGUAUCUUUGAGAUUGACGUGUGGUUUGUGGCGGCAUGACUAGUACGAGUAGCCAGUGUACACUACAAAGUACGCAUUCGUACAGGCAACAAUAUAACGAUUUCAGGGCUAGAUCCUUCUUGCGAACCGCCGUGCUUUCCUUUUUGAGUCCGAUCGGACUGAUCACCUAUCUGGCCAUCAACGUGCCCGAUUUCCUCGGUAUCUCCCACGGAUUUUCGAGAAUGACCGACUUCGGAGUAGCCAAGACAAUCACCCACAACCUCAUCAAACAGCACGUUCUUUUCGGCGCCCAUCAGUUUUUCCUUCUUUGCACUGUCGCGUACCCCGUCUGGAACAUGCUGUUCGCUUGUGCUUUGCACACGGAUUCGGAGGAAGGAGAAGAAGAAGAAGGAGAAAAAGAAGACGCUUCACCGCCGGAUCCAAACACGCUGAAAACCCAAAAAACCAAGUGA